GCCGCGCGCGCUCAGCGCUCCGGAGGGAAAUGCCACCCCCUUCCUAGUGCAUUAGGGACUUUGAAAAUAGAGAUGGUGAGACUACCCCCGCCCCCGCCAACUCCACACCUACACCCAGGGGCGCUGGCGGGGACGUCCUUGGAGGGACCCGAAGAGGCAGGGAGGUAGUGGGCCGAGGGGGAGAAGGAGAGCGGCGAGGAAAGUGGAAAGAAAAUGUAGCAGGAACCCUGGUUGCUGUCCUUCAACAUAUUCAUUAUGAAGUUAUUAGUAAUACUUUUGUUUUCUGGACUUAUAACUGGUUAUAGAGGUAACUCUUCCUAUAGUUUGCCACCCAAGUUACUCCUGGUGUCCUUUGAUGGCUUCAGAGCUGAUUAUCUGCAGAAUUAUGAAUUUCCUCAUCUCCAGAAUUUUAUCAAAGAAGGUGUCUUGGUAGAGCAUGUUAAAAAUGUUUUUAUCACAAAAACAUUUCCAAACCACUACAGUAUUGUGACAGGCUUAUAUGAAGAAAGCCAUGGAAUUGUGGCUAAUUCCAUGUAUGAUGUAGUCACAAAGAAACAUUUUUCCGACUUUAAUGACAAGGAUCCUUUUUGGUGGAAUGAGGCAAUACCUAUUUGGGUGACCAAUCAGCUUCAGGAAAACAGAUCAAGUGCUGCUGCUAUGUGGCCUGGUACUGAUGUACCCAUUCAUAACACCAUACCUUCCUAUUUUAUGAAUUAUAGCUCUUCAGUGUCAUUUGAGGAGAGACUAAAUAAUAUUACCAUGUGGCUUAACAGUUCGAACCCACCAGUCACCUUUGCAACACUCUAUUGGGAAGAACCAGAUGCAAGUGGCCACAAAUAUGGACCUGAAGAUAAAGAGAACAUGGGGAGAGUGUUGAAAAAAAUAGAUGACCUUAUUGGUGACCUAGUGCAAAAACUCAAGAUGUUAGGAUUGUGGGAAAAUCUUAAUGUGAUCAUAACAAGUGAUCAUGGGAUGACCCAGUGUUCUCAGAACAGACUGAUAAACUUGGAUGUCUGCCUCAAUCAUUCAGACUACACUCUUAUAGAUUUGUCCCCAGUUGCUGCAAUACUUCCCAAAAUAAAUAGAACAGAGGUUUAUAACAAGCUGAAAAACUGUAGCUCUCACAUGAAUGUUUAUCUCAAAGAGGACAUUCCUAACAGAUUUUAUUACCAACAUAAUGAUCGAAUUCAACCUAUUAUUUUGGUUGCUGAUGAAGGCUGGGCAAUUGUGCUAAAUACAUCAUCACCAAAAUUAGGUGACCAUGGUUAUGAUAAUUCUUUGCCUAGUAUGCAUCCAUUUCUAGCUGCCCACGGUCCUGCAUUUCGCAAAGGCUACAAGCACAGCACAAUUAACAUUGUGGAUAUUUAUCCAAUGAUGUGCCACAUCCUGGGAUUAAAACCACUCCCCAAUAAUGGGACCUUUGGUCAUACUAAGUGCUUGUUAGUUGACCAGUGGUGCAUUAAUCUCCCAGAAGCCAUCGGAAUUGUUAUCGGUGCACUCUUGGUGUUAACCACUCUAACAUGCCUCAUAAUAACCAUGCAGCAUAGACUAUCUGUAUCCCGUCCAUUUUCCCGGCUUCAGCUACAAGAAGAUGAUGAUCCUUUAAUUGGAUAAUGUACUGGUUAAUGUACAAGAUUUCUUUGAUUAAUCACAAAACUAAGGAUACGUCCAAAUAAUAGUGUUAUAAUUAUGAAAAAAUACACUUGGAAAGACAACUCAGACCAAGCAUGCUAAAAUUAUUUUAUUUUUCCUUGUGUUUUGUUUCAGUGCAUUAGCUAAUACAGAUAACGUUGACUAUAAUAAAAUUGCUAGUAAAUCGUUUGUUAACACCAUCUAUUUCUCUAACUAGAAAUAGCUUUUGAGAAAAAUAUUCUCUCUGCCUUUUUUUUUUUUUUUUUGCAAUGAAGAUAUGAUACGUUUUUUAAAUGAAAAUGUACCAAAAUUUAGUAGGCAUGCUUUUCUAAUAAAUUUUUAUAUAUUUGUAAAUGAAACAACAGAAAUCUUUAUGCAAUUCAUGAAUUUUGUGUGUCAGGGAGGAAAUGUUUCCUAUAUUUUUAUAUUUAUUUUUAAUUAGCCUGCAUCCUUGAGGUUGGAAAUUUUCUGUGAUGGUUAAUAAAAUUGGUUAGAUCUUAGAAACGAUCUAGCAUAUGAAGAAAUUAUUUUAAGAGAAGCUGUUAAAAUACAAACUAAGAUCAUGUUAUAGAAAGCCUGAGUUGUCACCAUGUGUCUUUGUUAAGACUCUUAAGCUGCUGGUCUCAGACUUUCUUUUGAGGAUUAUUGCUGGUAAGAAAUUCAGAAGAAAAUAGAGAAAAUAGCUUUUCUCUAUUUUUGCUUAAUGCCUUUGUGUAAGUUAUUUAGUUGUGUGUUUGUGCGUAUACAAUGGUGUUUGCGUGUGUGAGAGUACAGAUGCUGUGUGACCUCUUAUAGAAGGACGUGAGAAGUGGUCUGUAGUCAGGCUUCCACAUUUCUGUGGAACAUGGUUCUCAGGAAAGGUUAUUUUUGCACUUCAUGUUUGUUACUUUCUCCUAACUCACAAGUUAGAAUCAUAAUUUUAAAAAGUUCAUUAAUUUUUGUUACCAUUUUUAACUUUCUCAAAUUGUUUAUUGUAUGUUAUCUGAGUUAUCCAAGUGCUGUAGAAAAAUUUAUGACCUGAAUACAAAUCUGAUUUUGAUUAGGUCAGAAUGAGGAAGAGAGAUUUUUACCUUUGGGACUUUAUGCAUUACUUUUUAGGUAAAUAAGGAGUUAAGAAAUUUAAAAUGGAAUUUAUCAUCUCAUCUCCUAUACAUUCAUUUGUUAAGUGCCAGAAUAGCUUUAGUGCUGCCUCUGCUGUUUUUAUUCAGUAUUUGGAUCAGAGAAAUAAUCACUGCGCUCAUAUCAUUUAACGUGCUUGUUUAGAGCCAAGGAUUUAUUUGCUAGGUGGUGCCUUCUGCUAAGCAAAAUGUAUAUAGAGACACCGAAUUGUGGCAGACUAGAUUAUAUCUAUUAGGGGAAAAAUUGGGUUCAAGAACUAUUCCUGAGGACCUAAGGCAAGCAAUUAAUAUUAAUAGCAUGGUCUUUAAAGUUUUUGAUAAUAUGAAACAAACUUGGUAGCCAUUUUGCAGAUACAAAACUAAUUUACAAUAAAUAUACAUCCCGAUUCACUCUUGAUUAUCUGUGAUGGUAAAGAACAACAGUAAUGCCAAUCAUUAAACAUAGGAUUAUGAUGCAUCCUGUUGGGUCACUGAUAAUUUUUUGAGCCUGGAUUUUGGUGCCUAUUAUAUUUGGGAUUCUUGAGAGGCAUUUCCACACUGUGCACAAAUAAUCCAUACUAUUGGUCAUAAGUUGACUGUAUCAAAAACCGUAUAAUAAAUAAAUGAAAUAAAACCAAUGGGACUAAUUUUGCUUUUUGACAGAUUUUAUUUCUGAUUUUUUUCCUCACAUAAAACAUUUAUCCUAAAGGUUAAUAGUUGAUCUGAACAAAAUAAUAGAAAAGUUCCUUUCUACUUAAAUUUCCUUUAAAAAAAUAAAGACUAAAACUGACAUUUAACAUCCCCCCCCACCUUUUUUAAAGUAGUGGACAUUUUUGAAGUGCCUAAAAUAGUAGCAGGAUAUUUUAUACUAGUUGAGUAGAGCUUGGCUCUUGCAAUGGUGCAAGUUUUAGUUAUUACGUUAGCUUGAAUGGUGAUUAUGAGUUUCAGAAAUCUGUACAUGGCAUCCAAUCCGUAUAAAUGACUUUUAUAUAGGAUGGAAUAGGGAAGGAUGUCCUGUCAGUGUCUUACCCCUUUCAACGGGACAUUUACCUGUUUCUCUUAUCCUUCAUUCCAUUCUUGAAAUAUUAACUUUAAUUUAAAAUCUGGUUAUUUUUUAAGUAUCUGUGGAUGGGACAAUAAUAAUAAUAUUUGUUUAAUCAAAGAAAGUUUAUAUAUUAUUAUAUUGAACUUUGUGUUGAUUCAUUUAUAUCUUAAAAAAAUUAUCACUGUUAAAGCCAAUAACUCCUGUAGUACACUGAGAAGAUCUUUUAGUAAAACUAGACUUUUACAUUAAGGUUUUAGUGUACAUUUUGUUAAAUAAUUAAUAUGCUGCUAUGUUUUCUGUGUGGUGGAAAGUAUUUGGCUCCAGGAAACAUUUAAUUGUUUAUGACAACAAAACACAAAGGUAUUAGGAAAACUUUUAAUUACAUGUUUUUUUAUUAACUCAGUGAGUAAAUUCCAAAUAAGUACAUUUACAUAUAACAUAGGGACAGUUCUGCUGCUGUUAUUAAUGUACAAGUUCUUCUGGUAAACAGCAAUAGAAUAAAAAAUAUUUGAAUGCUUUGUGCUUUGUACUAUUAUUCUGUUGGCUUGGUAUAAGAAAUUACAGAUACAUUUUUGGAACAUUAAAGGAUUAAAAUGCCUUUGCAUUAUUUUUGGGUAUUUCUCUUUCUUGCACAUAUCUGAUAACUUUAAGGGUGAUUGCAUUUAAUUACUUUUAUCUGGAGGGUUUUACUUCAUUGUUAACACAUAAAGUUAUAAAUGAUGGACAAAGGUAAAAUGGAAAGUGUGUAUUUAUUGUCAGUUCUUAAAAAGUGUGUAAAAAAAAU